AUGGGGAGCUGUUGGAGCUGUCUAUACAGAGACCCCAUCCAAGACAACCAUCUCACCAAAUUCAAGGUUCAUCUCUAAACCCUCAUCUGUUUGCUACCUAGUGUGUGUUGUAUCAGCUACCAACACUCUUAGAAAAAAGGGUUCCAAAAGUGUUUUUCGGCUGUCCCCAUUGGAGAACACUUUUUGGUUCCAGGGAAAACCCAGUUUGGUUCCAGAUAGAACCAUUUUGGGUUCCAUGUAGAACCCUCUUUGGAAAGGGUUCUACAGGAACCCAAAACGGUUCUACAUGGAACCAACAAGGUUUCUUCAAAGGGUUCUCCUAUGGGGACAGCCGAAGAACCAUUUACGUUCUAGAUAGCACUUUUUUUUCUGAGAGUGUAGUCGAUGGUAUAUUAUUGUUAUGAGGAACUGUUCUUUCCUGUUUUUUUGUCCUAUUCCCUCUGCUAUUAUUGCUCACAUCGAGCAAUGGAUAGUCAGCUAUCCAGCUAUCUAAUGAUACCUAAUAUCUGUACUGUGCUCUGUUAAUCUUUGUAUACAGUUAAUGACUGCAUUAUAGACAAUGUACCUCCAAAUACAAUAACCUGUCUUCUUAAUUUAGCCACAUAUUUAUGCUCUGCAUCUAUGUCGUGCUUACGAAGACUAUAUGUAUGCUAUAUAAAGCCUUUAUAAGUUGUAGCUCGUUUCAAGUGGGACCACAAACAUGACUGGGAUAACUUGAUUGUACUUUUUGGUAUUUUCCUAUGGCAGGUAACCAAUGUGGAUGAUGAGGGGAAUGAGUUGGGCUCUGGGACCAUGGAGCUCACCCAGACCGAGCUCAUCCUGCACACACGCAAGAGGGACGCCAUUCGGUGGCCCUACCUGUGUCUGCGGCGCUACGGCUACGACUCCAACCUCUUCUCAUUCGAGAGUGGCCGGCGCUGCCAGACUGGACAGGGUGAAUCUGAAACACCGGGAAUAGCUAAUACUACAUAGACAAAAUGUUGCCCUAUGAAAUGUGUGUACAUACAUGUGUAUAUGCAGAGCUGAAUAGGGGCAAUGUUUGUGUUCUACUUUUAGAAUGGGAGAAUUGUACUUAACUGAUUGGCCAGCUGCUGUUAUAUUAGCAGCCUAAAGUUGGUUGUUGUCAUUGAGUGAAUUGUCAGAUAACUUAUACAUUUGCUUCUGGGUUUUCCUUUCGGUCAGGAAUCUUUGCAUUCAAACAGCAACAGUUUUGGAUUCAUUUAAGAUAACUUCAACAUUUAUGUGUGUGUUUUCUCUGUGGUCGUGCAGGAAUCUUUGCGUUUAAAUGUUCUCGUGCGGAGGAGAUCUUCAACCUUCUCCAGGAGCUGAUGCAGUGCAACAGUAUCAAUGUGGUGGAGGAGCCUAUGAUCAUGCCCGGCAGCGGGCAUGCACGAGAGAUAGACAUGCCUCGCACCCCACAGACACCCAACAGUAAGCACAAACACAAAUAUAAACACACACACAAACAUCCAGUACACACGUGUGUGUCAUCUACAGUACAUGAUUGCAUCUUUGCUUUUGUUGAAGGCUGUGAAGGUGUUUGUGUAGCAAUUUCACUGCAAUGCAGGACAGAUGUGAAGCAAAAGCUGAGAAUAUGUGUUUGAAGAUUUGAAAAUAGUUUGGGGGGGAAACUCAGUAAUAUUUCCGGAUAUCAGGGAUCUGGUGCCGAAAUGUCUUCCAGUAAAUCCUUUCGUCAAACCCAGUUUCCAUGAGCCAACCUGUUCAGAGGCAGGUAGGGAGGUGGACGAGUAGAGCAGACAGGGAGGUGGAAGGGUAGAAAACACAAUGACUUGGGGGUAAAACAAAGGUUACAUUACUAAUCAGUCUAUGCAAUACACCACACACACAUACACACACAUACACACUGUCACGAUCGUCAUUUAAUGAAGCGGGCCAAGGCACAGCGUGAUAUGCGUACAUAAUUUAUUAGAUGUACCACACACGAACAAAAACAACAAACGAUACGUGAAGUCCAAGGUUACCAAACACAAACCUUACACGGAACAAGAUACCACACCACACAAAUGCCAAACGACUACCUAAGUAUGGUUCCCAAUCAGAGACAACAAGCAACAGCUGAUUCACGUUGCCUCUGAUUGAGAACCACCCCGGCCAACAUAGAAACACAAAACAUAGAAACUAACACCCUGGCUCAACAUUAAAGAGUCCCCAGAGCCAGGGCGUGACACACACACACACACCAGGGUUUCCGUUAGGAAAAUGUGGCGCCGGACAAUUGACCAGCAGCAUUUUAAUUGACCAGACAUUUGAGAAAUUUACCGGACCCAUAUGCAUUGGCUGCGUAACUGAUUAGGUACUCAAAAUGACAGAAAUCACAUUUUAUUAGAUUUAUAGAUUAUGGUAGUUCAUUUUAACAGAACAUGCAACUCGAGGAUGCAACGGCAUGUGUCCUUCUUACCAAAUUCCGAUGCACACUUUGAAGAUGUUAGAAUAACUGUCCACAUUUUCUCAGCCAACAAGACGAGUAACGAACAGCAAAAUCACUAGCCUAUGUCAAUCUACUAUCCCCCAUAGUAGAAAAGUUUACCUAUUCUAUUAGUCAGCUUAUCGUUCUGUGCGAGAAAGAAAUAGCCUAUUCCAAACAGACUCUGGGACAGUUGUGGGACAAUAGAUCCCAAAUUCAUACAACCAGUAGGCCUAGGCUACAUAAGAAUUAACGUUAAAAAGCAAUGAGGCUGAUGCAACAGAUCAGAACGUUUAGCGUAAAAUGUUGCUAAACUAUUAUUUAUUCAUAUUAUAAGCACAGCAAUGUGCACAAGGCAGUAGGCUACACGCAAAUAUUCGUUCCAUAAUGCAAUUUGCAGGAAAACACUUGUCAAAAGCUGGACUGUGCACACAUGAGAGGGAUUUCAUGUGAAACUUAGAAAUAUAGAUAGAGGGGAGAUCUAAAGAUUUAACAACUAGCAUGGGUUGCUAAUAUGACUAGAUUGUACCUUUGGCUACUGGACAAUUAAAGAAAAUUGAUUUGAAAACCAAUAGAACAUGAGAGAAAUAGGCUACUGGUUGCAAUAUGGAAGUCUUUAUAAAAUAAUUGCCUACACGAUAUGGUCAGAUUUUUGCUAGGCUACUUUGAAGCAAGGUAAGACAUGCCUCAUAAUAUGAAGGAAAAAAUUAAGGUUUCAAACAAAUAAGUGUAUGGUUUCAAAAUGCAUACUGCCUCCAGCUUAUGGCAAAGGGGUGUGUGACGGUCUAAAGCCUGCCUAACGUUGCCUAUAGAUGCACUUAAAUGGCAAAUGGGAAGUGUGCUUCAAUUAGGCUACCAGUUGAGAAAUAAAAAUAAUAGCUAUUUUUAAUCGUGGCCAUCAAAACUGUUUUUGACAUGCAAUUGCAUUUAGAAUUGUUGCGUAAUCAUUGGGCUUAUAAAAGCACGUUUCACUACAGCAGCAACAAACAAUCUGUUAGAGGAGCUGUAGCAGCAACUCUCCUGCUGUCUGACAGAUUUUCCACUGAAACUAGGCUCUAUAUCUGUAUGCUGUGCGCAUGUGAUAAAUAAGAUACAUAAGAACUAACAACAAUACACACGGCAAUUUAAUUCCACAAAGUUAUGCAAAUUAACAUAUAGACUGAAAAGCAUGACAAAUGAAUUUACAUAGCCUGAUAUUUCCAUCAAUGAAUAGGCUAAAAAUGAUUAUUUUGCAAUGGGAUUUUUCUUCUUCUCCCGAACAAUUGGCCGGCGCCAGCUCCAAUUUUAUUUAUCAGCUUUUCAUAUUUUUUUAUCGGACAAAAGCCAGCUAUUACCGGCUAACGGAGACCCGGAAACACACACACGCCAUUAGACAUAAAAACAUCUAACCUCAUUCACCCAGACUCCCAUUCAACACCGUGUGUAUUGUUCUCUGUCUCCAGCUCCAGCUUUCCCCGUCCAGGGUUUUCCCAACGGGUACCCGGGGUAUCCCAUGAGAGCUGAAUCCUCCCAGCCCUCUCUAACUGACGACCCCCACGGCCACAGCCACAUGGGCCUGGAGGACCAGGUAAGACUGACCCCUCACCUCUCCAGUAUGAUUUUCACAUUAUAGUGCCGAACCGAGCAGCACUGUAACCACUGCUGACUCCUCACCUUGCAAUGUGUCUGUAAUAUCCUAGGGAAGGGUGAUGCUCUUUAGGAAGGACGAAGAGAGAGAGAGAGCGAGAGAUGAGAGAGAGAGAGAGAAGAGAGAGAGAGGAGAGAGAGAGAGAGGAGAGAGAGAGAGAGAGGAGAGAGAGAGAGAGAGAGAGAGAGAGAGAGAGAGAUCUCUCUCUAUCUACUCUCAGCUCUAUCUCUCUUCUAUCUAUCUCUCUAUUCUCCUCUAUCUCUCUCUCUCUCUCUCUCUCUCUCUCUCUCUCUCUUCUCUCUCUCUCUCUCUCUCUCCUCUCUCUCUCUCUCUCUCUCCCUCCCUCUCCCUCUGCAGGCUCACACCUAUGUGAAUACUGUUACUGUGGAUGGGGAACUCUCCAGUCGACACUGUGUACACUCCCUACCCGAGGUGCGGCCUACUUCCUUCCCCGAGUCAACCCGGGGAGCCAUGCCUGUCGUGGGCCAAGGAGGUGGGCAGGCCAGCAUGCACUGUUGUCCCCUGGAGGAACAACGCAAGGAACCCCAGGUAUUCCUUCAGCCUUCCUCUCAGGAGGUCAAAUUCAUGCUGGGACCCACCCCUGCACAGCGCCACCUGCUGGAGAGAGAGAGGGAGAGGCACGGUGGUCACAAUCCCCACGCCAUGCGGCCUGUAGAGGGCACCACAGGUUCAGAGACAGAGGGGGACGAACCUCCUCUGCACGUGUGCAACUCCCACUCCUAUCACCACCCUCACUACCACCACGUGAUGCACCGGCACCCUGGCCACGAGCACCAGGAGGGCUGCCAGCUCACCUACGAGAAUAUCAAUGGCCUAAGGGGGGGCCGCCGGCUGAGACUUAGCCCCAGCAGCAUGUCCCAGUCUGUGGGCUCCAGCAGCAGCAGCAGCACCACCGGAGACAGUCACUCUCACCCACAAUCACACCCACACCCACUCCACCCGCACCCCCACGGCCCAUCUUCUCUGCCCCCCCAGGGGUACCCCUGUGAGCGGGGCGCGGGGAUGGGCGGGGGUCACCGGCGGACAGCUCUGCUCAACUACGAGAACCUGCCGUCGCUGCCGCCGGUGUGGGAGUACCGCGCCCUGCAGAGAGACGAGGAGCAGGACGAGGAUGACGAGGAACAGGAUGAGGAGGAGUACGAGGAAGAGGAGGAGGACUUUGACGAGUACGAGUUUUCAGAGGGUCCAGGGACGCCCAACGGGUACCACCAGGAAGGGCUGGGGAGGGGGGGGAUCCACCGCGACGCCCUGCAGAACUAUGUCAACACAGAGCAGGUCCAGCCCAGUCGGCUGCGACAUGCCUGCCCCCCUCACCCCCAGCACCUCCAGCCGUGCCACCGCCAGUCGGACCGGGGCGGCCGAAUAUUCAGCUUUGAUUUCCGUAGGCGGCCUGGAGGAGGGUUUGGUCGGGGGGAGGGUUGCGAGCACGGUCACAUGCCCCCGUCGAGGCAGCUCAACUACAUCCAGGUGGACCUCGAUGCGGAGCCUCCAUGCCAGGCCCUCGGUGGGAGUGGAGGAGGGGGAGCCCAGUCUCAGCCCCAGCCACAGCACCAGCGCCUGCCGCCCCUCAAAUGUGGCCCCCAGCAGGCCCCACGGCGCAGUGAGUUCUACGCUGUGAUUGACCUGAAGAAGACAGCAGCCAUGUCCAACCUGCAGAAAGCCCUCCCCCGGGACGAUGGGACAUCGAGAAAGACUCGCCACAAUAGCACAGACCUGCCUCUGUAG